AUGGCGCGGUUUUUCAAUCCACCAAACUACUACCCUCUUGCUCCAUACCUUUCUUCACCGCCAGCCUCCGACAUAUUUACUUCAACAAGUCACAUGCCUUCCGUUCUCCGGCUUGUUCGUGGGCUUGCCACUAAUGCAAAGCCAAAAUUGCAAGAUAUCGUCAUUGUUGGUGGAGGUCCCGCGGGACUCUCUCUCUUGCUGGCUCUCAAGAACAACGCUGCUACGAAACACCUUCAGUGCACAUUGAUUGAAGGGCUGAGUUUUGAUGGCGUCAGGAAGUUUGCUCAGGAUCCACCGGAGACUUACACCAAUCGAGUUGUUUCGCUUACACCCAAAUCGGUGGAGUUCAUGAGUACCAAACUGGGCUCCUGGGACCACAUUCAGACAGAUCGAGUGAAGUUCUACGAUCAUAUGAUUGCCUACGAUAGCCAGGAUCCCGAUGCUCGAAUUGAGUUUGACACCUCACAGGUUUCUGGAGGCGGCGGCGUAAUUGCAGCUAUGGCUGAGGUGGUGAACAUUCAAGGUUCGUUGUUGGAGAAGAUAGACGAGUUAAACGAGGAGUUGGCACCUGAAUAUCAGGCAAAUAUCGUAGAGAAGGCUCGUGUUGUGGACAUCAAGGAAGGCAAGGGAGACUUGGACUGGCCGGUGGUUGCAUUGGACAAUGGCGAAACGUACCAGACAAGAUUGUUGGUUGGUGCUGAUGGGCAGAACUCUCCUGUCAGAAAAUACGCUGGAAUAGAGUCUCGUGGGUGGCCAUACAACAGGUUUGGUGUGGUAGGUACCCUCAAAGUGCAAUAUGAAGACUACAGGGCAAUCGCCUGGCAGAGGUUUUUGACUACAGGGCCAUUGGCAAUUCUUCCACUCACUGAAGACAAUGUUACAUUUGUGUGGUCAAGCACACCAGAAUUGGCCGACACGUUGAUGAAGGUGGACGAGGAGAUCUUUCCUCAUUUGAUAAAUGCAGCUCUUGUUCUUGAGGAGGUGGACCUCAAUUAUAUCUAUAAAAUGUUGAGAGCCAACCCAAGCGACAAGCAAGCAAUCGAGGAAAUUCAAUGGCGUCUCUCAAAAAUCCCUGAUGAAGAACUCGAGGAAAAGUAUCCAGUACCCGUUGCUAGACUCAUGUCAGGCUCAAGAGCUCGUUUCCCCUUGAAGCUUCUUCACGCAGACACUUACACUGCCCCCAGAGUUGCCUUAGUUGGUGAUGCUGCUCACACAGUGCACCCAUUGGCUGGUCAAGGACUCAACAUGGGCCAAAGCGACGUCGCUGCUCUAGUGGAGACGAUCGAAACGGGAAUUUCUCGUGGCCAGGAUAUCGGUUCUAAGCUUACUCUAGAUUACUACACUGCGAAAGCGUGGCCCGCAAACCACGUUUUGAUGGGCAUUUGCGACAAGCUUCAUAAGAUAUUCUCGACCGAUUUUUCGCCUCUCGUGUUCGUAAGAGGUUUUGGGUUGAAAUCCAUCAACAUGUUGGGCUCGAUCAAGGAUAUGAUGAUCAGCUCCGUCAGCGGCCGCUAA